CGGUCCCAGUGUCCCCGGGCGGCCCGCCGAGGGGCGGACACAAGGCGUACUAUAAGAGCGGCUGCCGCGCACGCAGGGGCACUGCGGAGCCUAGGGGCGGCGGCGGCGGCGAAGCAGGAUGGAGAUCCCCGUGCCUGUGCAGCCGUCUUGGCUGCGCCGCGCCUCGGCCCCUUUGCCCGGGCGCCUCUUCGACCAGCGCUUCGGCGAGGGGCUGCUGGAGGCCGAGCUGGCUGCGCUCUGCCCCGCCACGCUGGCCCCCUACUACCUGCGCGCACCCAGCGUGGCGCUGCCUGCCGCCCAGGUCCCGACGGAACCUGGGCAUUUCUCGGUGCUGCUGGACGUGAAACACUUUUCCCCAGAGGAAAUCGCCGUCAAGGUGGUUGGCGACCACGUGGAGGUGCAUGCGCGCCACGAGGAGCGCCCGGAUGAGCAUGGAUACAUCGCACGCGAGUUCCACCGCCGCUACCGCUUGCCGCCUGGUGUGGACCCUGCCGCCGUGACGUCUGCGCUGUCUCCUGAGGGCGUCCUGUCCAUCCAGGCCGCUCCCGCGACAGCCCAGGCGACGGCCCAGGCUCCACCGCCGCCGCAGGCUGCUGCCAAGUAGGCGGUCAUGCCUGAACCCUGGGAGCCGCCUCUGGCCCCCUCUUUUAAAGCCGACCUGACUCCGCCCAGCCAGAUGUCCUGAGCGCGCCAAAACCACCCACCCAAUCUGGGAUCCUACCCUGACCCUUCCCAACUAGGCUCUGCCCUGGUAACCUAGACCUUUCUACUGACGCUCCCUCUCAUACCCCCUCCAGCUUUCAACCCCCUGACACCUCCCUAGCUUCCAGGCCCUACAAGCACAACCCUUCAGCCUACAGUCUCCCAGCCCCACUGACCCCACUUUCUUGGCAAUAUAAACCCACUCAAAAUUCCCUCCUCUGCUUCCUUCUGACUCAUCUGUUAAAACAUCUCCAAAUCCCAUUUUGAUCCUUUCCCCACUCUGACACUGUGUUAUGGUGUGGCCAGCCCUGCUCCCACCCUAGAUCAGUCAAGCAUAAUCCCUCUCCACCCCUCAAAUAUCCCAGACUGCCCAGACCUCCCACCCCAGACCAUCUGGGCCUGGUCCUCAAGACUCUGGAUCCUUCCCCCUCGUUCCAACUGGACACUACUCCCCCUACCCAUCUUGUGACUUGAAACCCCAGCCAGCCACCCCCAGACUCUUGAGACCCUUUUCUGACCCCCACCCCUGGACACCUAUUUCAGGCCAAGCAGGACCCUCAGCCUCAGACUGUACAGACACCCACCCCAUCUCCCCAGAUUCUGCACAGAUAUCCUAAGCCCCAUCCCCAACUCUACCCAGAACCCCCCAGUCAUUCUGUCUUAACCCCUAAGUCUCCAACCACAUAUCCCAGGCAAUCCACCUUCCACACACCUCCCCUUAUUCUCCAAGACCCAACCAAGCAGCCACUUUUUCUUCGGUUCCCCACAAUCCUUCUCCCUCCUUGAAUUCCCUGCCACCCCUAUCCCCUCAUACUACCUAGGCCCACUCCCCGAAUAAAUGUGAUAGAGCUGGUA